UAGUGAGAGUGAGAAACUGAAACAGCAAAGUUUAGAAAAACUUAAAGGUGGACAACAAACUAGAUGUGAGUUUGCAAUAAGAUAUGACUACAGUGGAAGCUUCAUGUGAUUUUUUUGGGCUGCAUAUGGGUUGGUCACUUUCUGAAAGAAAAAGGGGAAAUAACUUUUCAAUUCAGCUUUUGUGUGAGGUGACUGCACCUGAAAUAUACUGAAAACUUAGAGGGAGUUCAAGAAAGAGAAAUCCAAAUUAUCAUUGUGCUGAAUUUCAUCCAAAUUACCUUUGUGCUGAAGGAAUUGACUUAUUGAGGAGAAACUGAGUAAGUGGUACAUGUGCAACACAGAGCAGUUGUGUGAAUCCCUUCAGCCUAUCUUUGUCCAGAGUUACCUUGACCAGGGAACGCAGAUCUUCUUAAACAACAGCAUUGAGAAAUCAGGCUGGCUCUUUAUCCAGCUCUAUCAUUCUUUCGUGUUCUCAGUUUUUAGCCUGUUUAUGUCUAGAACAUCAAUCAAUGGGUUGCUGGGAAGAGGCUCAAUGUUUGUGUUUUCAUCAGAACAAUUUCAGAGACUACUCAAAAUAAACCCAGAGUGGAAAUCCCAUAGACUUCUCGAUUUAGGGGCUGGAGAUGGAGAAGUCACAAAAGUCAUGAGUCCUCACUUUGAAGAAAUCUAUGCCACUGAGUUAUCUGAAACUAUGAUAUGGCAGCUUCAGAAAAAGAAGUACAGAGUGCUCGGUAUAAAUGAAUGGCAGAACACAGGAUUCCAGUAUGAUGUUAUCAGCUGCUUGAAUUUGCUUGAUCGCUGUGAUCAGCCACUGACUGUGUUAAAAGAUAUUAGAAGUGUUUUGGAACCAACUAGAGGCAGAGUCAUUCUUGCACUAGUUUUGCCCUUUCAUCCAUAUGUGGAAAAUGUAGGUGGCAAGUGGGAAAAACCCUCAGAAAUUUUGGAAAUCAAGGGGCAGACUUGGGAAGAACAGGUGAAUAGCCUGCCAGAAGUUUUCAGAAAAGCUGGUUUUGCCAUAGAGGCUUUCACCAGACUGCCAUACUUAUGUGAAGGUGAUAUGUAUAAUGACUACUAUGUAUUAGAUGAUGCUGUCUUCGUCCUCAAGCCGGUGUAAGCGUGUAUGAAGUAGAAGUCUUCAAAGUCAAACCCAAGAAGCAGCCUCUGAAAGAGGUGUCUGAUUUAUGAUUACUUAAUGGGAGGGAAUUUUGGGAUUGCCAUUCUAAAUAAAUAUCAUGUAAGAAUUUUAAAUGCCAAAAUACUAAUGUAUUUCUUUGUAGUAUCUUUAAAAAGGACAGUUUUUUUUUAAACAGACUCUUCAGUUGAGAUUUUUUACCAACUCUUAGCCCAACAAUGCAGUCUGCAAUCCAACAUUAAUGGAAGAUAUUUUUAUACUUACCUGCAGUAGGGAUCAUAACCAGACAAAAGCAAUAGUCAUUAUGAUACAUGAGCCAAUAUACAGUAUGGAUUGUUCUUUAAGAAAUCAAGUGAAAACUGGCAAUAAAGCUAUCUCUGCAGUUCAGAGCAUUGUCGACUAUAAAGAGUUGGAAUGGAUAUUCUUCCAUGUUAAGAAGUUAUUUUAUCUCUGACUGUCAUUCUUCAGCACAUCUUUUUAAUCAUGCUAAUAAACUUUUUUUGAGAUGA